GGAAGCGCGAAGCAAGUUCAAAUAAAGGCGGCGGGUGAAUAUGGCGUACCCGGUUUGGUCUGAGAGGUGAUCCAUCGGCCUUCUGUGUUGAAGAUGUGGCGGGUGAAAAACCUGAGCCUCAGCCUGUCGCCUUCGCCGCAACCCGGAAAACCAGCUAUGAGAACUCCGCUCCGAGAACUUACCCUGCAGCCCGGUGCCCUCACCACCUAUGGAACAGGGACCCCCAUUUGCUCCUCGCUGACCGCAUCACUGUGCAAGCUGGGGCUGCAGGAAGGCAGCAGCAGUUCAUCUCCUCUGGAUUUUGUCAAUGCCAAAAGGACAGACUCCUCAUCAGAACAAUUCAAUCAUCCCUCAAAGUGGCCAGAAGCCUGUCAGCAUGAAUCAGAUGAGCAGCCUUUAGAUAUGAUUCCCCAAACCAACUCUACUCCCAAAACAUCUAAGGAAGCAGUAGACCUACCAGAUGACUCUGUGGUUAAAACCAUGGUCCUUGUACCCUCUCCAAUGGGGCAGCAGCAGGAUAUUACAUUUGAGGUCUAUUUAGAUACCAUGGCAGAGACAAACAGAAUCUCUCUAGAUGAGCCUUUGAGGCCAGGAAAUCUGGUGAGAAAAGAGGUGGCACCCUGCAUGGAAGACAGCUUUCCAGAAGUUGUUGCUACUACGCCUAAGAAACCUACAUUUCAGGAUUCUCCAUCCCAUGUCUUGGAGUUUCCACCAAAUCCAUGUUCUGAGCAACAACUACACUGCUCCAAGGAAAGCAGGAGGGACAGUAGGACUGAGGCUGUGCCUGAGAACUUAGUACCUUCUGAAAAUAAUGACUUUUUGCCAUCCUCCAUGCCCUGGCUUUCCCCUUCAACUGCCUUGGCAGCAGAUUUCCUUGUCGAUCAUGUGGACUCAGGGGAGGAAGCUGUAGAGUAUAGACCUAUGGAGGAAAGAGACAUGAGCUUUCCCACACUCCCUGAGGAAGCUGAAUUGGGAGAUCAAGCACUUGUCUCAAAUGUGGAAGAUAUUCCAUCCACAUGUUUGACACCAAAUCCAGUAGAAAUGGAAUUCCAGGCAGCUCCAGGCCCAGCAGUGGAAGAUACUGGUAGGAUUCUUAUCUCUGACACAGAACCCUGGACGUCCCCACUGGCCUGGCUGGAAAAAGGUGUAAAUACCUCAGUCAUGCUGGAAAAUCUCCGCCAAAGCUUAUCCCUUCCCUCUGUACUUCGGGAUGCUGCAAUUGGCACUACCCCUUUCUCUACUUGCUCGGUGGGGACUUGGUUUACUCCUCCAGUGCCAGAGGAAAAAAGGACAAACACAUCCCAGGCAGGCACGGUGGGAACCAAGGACAGUACCUCUGGGACAGAGUACCUCCUGUGUGCCCAGCCUCCAGAUCUGACUGCCUUGUCUCGACAUGACUUGGAAGACAACCUGCUGAGCUCUCUUGUCAUUCUGGAGGUUCUCUCCUGCCAGCUUCGGGACUGGAGGAGCCGGCUGGCUGUCCCUCACCCAGAAGCCCAGGACAGUAGCACACAGACUGCCACUUCUCCUCGUGGGAUAACUAAGAAACCUCAACAUCUUCAGGAGAGCCAGGAGAUUGGACAGGCCCUGCGUCAGGCCAGGAAUGUCUUGAAAUCAUGGGUGCUAGUCUCUAAAGAGCUGAUAUCCUUGCUUCACCUGUCCCUGUUGCACUUAGAAGAAGAUAAAACUACUGUGAGUGAGGAGUCUCAGCGAGCAGAAACCUUGGUCUCCUGCUGUUUUGAUAUGUUGAAGAAAUUGAGGGCAAAGCUCCAGAACCUCAAAGCAGAAAGGGAGGAGGCAAGACACAGAGAGGAAAUGGCCAUCAGAAGCAAGGAUGCAGCAGAGAUAGUGCUGGAGGCCUUCUGUGCACAUGCCAGCCAGCGCAUCAGCCAGCUUGAACAGGACCUGGCAUCUGUGCAGGAAUUCAGAGGCCUUCUGAAGGAGACCCAGACCCAAUUGGUAGGCCUUCAUACAGAGCAAGAAGAACUGGCUCAGCAGACAAUGAGUCUUACUUCUAUCUUGCAGCAGGACUGGAUAUCCAUGCAACUGGAUUAUGUAACAUGGACAGCUUUGCUGAGUCGGUCUCGACAACUCACAGAGAAGCUCACAGCCAAGAGCCGGCAGGCCCUGCAGGAACGUGAUGCUGCAAUUAAGGAAAAACAACAGGUUUCCAGGGAGCUGGAACAAUUCUCUGCUCAUUUAGAGGACUGCAAAGGCCAAAUAGAACAACUGAAGAUGGAAAACAGUCGCCUAUCAACAGAUCUCCGGGCUCAGCUGCAGAUUCUGGCCAGCACUGACAGCCAGCUAAAAGAGCUACAGAGUCAGCAUGCCCACUGUGCCGAGGACCUGGCCAUGAAGGAUGAAUUGCUCUGCCAACUUACCCACAGUAAUGAGGAGCAGGCUGCUCAAUGGCAAAAAGAAGAGAUGACACUAAAACACAUGCAGGCAGAACUGCAGCAACAACAUGCUGUCCUGGCCAAAGAGGUGCGGGACCUGAAGGAGACCCUGGAGUUUGCAGACCAGGAGAAUCGGGUUGCUCACCUGGAGCUGGGCCAGGUUGAGUGUCAGUUGAAAACCACGCUGGAAGUGCUCCGAGAGCGCAGCCUGCAGUGUGAGAACCUCAAGGACACUGUAGAGAACCUAACGGCUAGACUGGCCAGCACCAUAGCAGAGAACCAGAAGCAAUACCUGGAGAAGACACACCAGUAUUCACUACAGCUAGGGGUGCUGACUGAACAACUGCAGAGCCUGGUCUUCUUCCUACAGACAAAAGUAAUGGAGAAGGCUGAACCAGAGACCCUUCUGAGCACAGCCUGUGCUCCUGCCCGGGAACACCCUCUGCCCAAUGUUAGCACCUUCUUGGGAAGCAUCUUUACGGCAGCGGCAGAUGAAGAGCCAGAAUCAGCUCCUGUGCCCUUGCUUGGAAGUGAGAAGAGUGCUUUCACCCGAGUAGCAUCAAUGGUUUCCCUUCAGCCUACAGAGACCCCAAGUAUGGAGAAGAGCCUGGCAGAAAUGCAUACUAUGACUCUUGAACUUCAGAGCCUUUGUUCCCUGCUGCAAGAGUCUAAAGAAGAAGCCAUCAGGACUCUGCAGCAGAAAAUUUGUGAUCUGCAGGAUAGGCUGCAGGCCCAGGAAGAACAGCAUCAAGAAGCCCAGAAGGCAAAGGAAGCAGACAUAGAGAAGCUGAAUCAGGCUCUAUGCUUGCGUUACAAGAAUGAAAAGGAGCUCCAGGAAGUGAUACAGCAGCAGAACGAGAAGAUCCUAGAGCAGAUAGACAGGAGUGGCGAGCUCAUAAGCCUCAGAGAGGAGGUGACCCAACUCACCCGCUCACUUCGGCGUGCAGAAACAGAGACUAAAGUGCUCCAGGAGACCCUGGUGGGCCAACUGGACCCAAACUGUGAGCCCAUGGCCACUAACUGGAUCCAGGAGAAAGUGUGGCUCUCCCAGGAGGUGGACAAGCUGAGGGUGAUGUUCCUAGAAAUGAAAAAUGAGAAGGAAAAACUCAUGGUCAAGUUCCAGAGCCAUCGAAACAUCCUAGAGGAGAACCUUCGGCGCUCUGACAAGGAGUUAAAAAAACUAGAUGACAUCGUUCAGCAUAUUUAUAAGACUCUGCUGUCCAUCCCAGAGGUAGUGAGAGGUUGCAAGGAGCUACAGGGAUUGCUGGAAUUUCUGAGCUAAGAACCUGAAAGCUGGAAUCUGCUUCACCUCUUUUUACCUGCAAUAGCCCCUUACCCUGAUAUCAAGACCAAUUGGAAUGCAGCUAACUAUGUUUAAUGCUAUUUAAAUAAAGUGUAUUUAAUGUAUUU